GUUUCCGCUGUCGGCCGCCAUUGAAACGAGAGACCAACGUGAGAUUUUCGUUACCGCGCCAAUAAUUAUUACAUGUAUUUUUCACAAUAAUUACUUUCAGCUUAACAUUUGGGAUAUUAUUGAGAAGAAUGGCGUACAGAGGUCAAGGACAGAAGGUUCAGAAGGUUAUGGUGCAGCCCAUCAACCUUAUUUUCAGGUAUCUACAAAACCGUUCUAGGAUCCAGGUGUGGCUUUAUGAACAGGUCAACAUGAGAAUAGAGGGCUGCAUCAUUGGAUUUGAUGAGUACAUGAACUUGGUUUUGGAUGAUGCAGAAGAGGUCCACAUGAAGACCAAGAACAGAAAGCCACUGGGACGAGUCAUGUUGAAAGGAGAGAACAUCACAUUGCUGCAGAGUGUGUCCAAUUGAUCAUCUGUUCAUCAAAUACUCAUUUGUUUUGUGAUAGAUUGUUGUUUUACUCGUUUGUCAAUAUUUAGACUAUUGACUGAUGUUUAUAAAUGAUGUGGCAGUUUUUUUCUUUCUGAAUCUACAGAAUUAAACACUGUUUUUCC